UGGGAGAGCUGCAGUUCUCUGGCACUGCUGGGUCUUGGGUCUCCACCAUCACCAUCUAAUAAUUCCUUUGUAUGAACUGUCCUUGGCUCACCUGCAACGACAACUGUGCACUUUGACUUGCUUUUUUUCUUACUACUGUAAACUAUGCUGGAUUUUUGUGGCAAACCUAUCUAACUUUUUUAAUCCUUUUCUUUCUUUUUUCUACAGCAUUGUCCAAGAUAUAACAGUUGGUACAAAGCGGCAAGCUGACGAGCUUUUCUCUCCUUGUGUUACUAACGGACCCUUUAUCAUGAGCAGCAACUCCUCUUCUGCAGCUAAUGGAAACGACAGCAAGAAGUUCAAAGGUGACAGCAGGAGCGCCGGGCUCCCGUCCCGAGUGAUCCACAUCCGCAAGCUGCCCAGCGACGUCGCCGAGGCAGAGGUCAUUUCUCUGGGCCUGCCGUUCGGCAAGGUCACCAACCUUCUGAUGCUGAAAGGAAAAAACCAGGCUUUCAUAGAGAUGAACACGGAGGAGGCAGCCAGCACCAUGGUGAACUACUACACCACAGUCACUCCAGUGCUCCGGAACCAGCCCAUCUACAUCCAGUUCUCCAACCACAAGGAGCUGAAGACAGACAGCUCUGCUAACCAAGCACGUGCCCAGGCAGCUCUGCAGGCUGUGACCACGGUGCAGACCGGGAGCCUGGCGCUGGCAGCCACGGCCGCGGCCGUUGAUGCGGGAAUGGCUAUGGCUGGACAGAGCCCUGUCCUGAGGAUCAUCGUGGAGAACCUCUUCUACCCUGUCACUCUGGAUGUUCUGCAUCAGAUUUUUUCCAAAUUUGGUACAGUCUUGAAAAUCAUCACAUUCACGAAGAACCACCAGUUUCAGGCCCUGCUGCAGUAUGCUGACCCCAUGAGCGCGCAGCAUGCCAAACUGUCCCUGGACGGACAGAAUAUCUACAAUGCCUGCUGCACUCUGCGCAUCGACUUCUCCAAGCUCACAAGUCUCAAUGUGAAGUACAACAACGACAAGAGCAGAGACUAUACCCGCCCAGACCUGCCCUCUGGGGACAACCAGCCCACUCUGGACCAGACCAUGGCAGCUGCUUUUGGUGCCCCAGGAAUAAUCUCUGCUUCUCCAUAUGCAGGAGCUGGCUUCCCUCCUACCUUUGCCAUUCCUCAGGCUGCAGGCCUGACAGUUCCAAGUGUUCCUGGAGCACUAGCUCCUUUGGCUAUUCCAGCAGCAGCUGCGGCGGCUGCAGCAGGACGGAUUGCCAUUCCCAGCUUCGCUGGGGCAGGGCACUCCGUGCUGCUGGUUAGCAAUCUGAGCCCAGAGAGAGCUACACCCCAAUGCCUCUUUAUUCUUUUCGGAGUCUAUGGUGAUGUGCAGAGGGUGAAGAUUUUGUUUAAAAAGAAAGAGAAUGCUCUGGUUCAGAUGACUGAUGGCAACCAGGCCCAGCUCGCCAUGAGCCACCUGAACGGGCAGAAGCUCCACGGGAAGCCGAUCCGUAUCACCCUGUCCAAGCACCAGACGGUGCAGCUGCCCCGUGAUGGGCAGGAGGACAACGGCCUGACCAAGGACUUCGGCAACUCUCCUCUGCACCGCUUCAAGAAACCAGGCUCUAAAAAUUUCCAGAACAUCUUUCCCCCUUCUGCCACUCUUCAUCUGUCCAACAUCCCACCUUCAAUAACUGAAGAAGACCUUAAGAUGUUGUUUUCAAGCAACGGUGGGAUGGUCAAAGGAUUCAAAUUCUUCCAGAAGGACCGUAAAAUGGCUCUGAUCCAGAUGAGCUCUGUGGAAGAAGCCAUUCAGUCCCUCAUUGAGCUCCACAAUCAUGACCUGGGGGAGAACCAUCACCUGCGUGUGUCCUUCUCCAAGUCCACCAUUUAGAGCUUGGGAAGGCCUGAGACAAAAUGGACUUGACUUAAAACCUCUGGGGUUCAGCCUCCACCUUAAAAGGCUGAGCACUAGGGUUUCAACUUCCAUCAUUCCAGAAAAAAAAAAAGCCACUUUAAAAAUGCAGCUGAAGUGACCUUAAAAGACCAGAGAUUUAUUUUUUUAAAGAGAAAUCAGUUUACCGGUUUUUACAAAAAAAGAAAAUUAGCUCUAAUUUCUCUUGCUAACCUUGCGGUGAUGGGUAACAAUCUUGACUGUUCCAAUAAAAAUCACAAGUUAAAGUU